CCCCUCUCCCACCCUCCCCGCACCUCCCAGCUCCAGCGACCAGCAGUGGUGUAGCACAGGCAAAGCUUGCAAGCGCGAGGCGAGCUGCGAAGGCGAAGGACCCCCGUGGUUUCUGACGAGAUGGCGGCGGCGCUCAUGAGCCGGGUGUGGGCGGCGGCCACGGUGGCCGCCGUGCGGGCGCAGCGGGAGAGGGUGCCCGCCGCCGGGGCGCGGGACCGGCUGGCGGGGCUCGCCCCCCAGGCGGCCGCGCUGGCCUGGGCGCGGGCGGCGGCCGACGGCGGCCGCAGGCAGGCCGGCGCCGACGAGUCGCUCCGCAAGGCGAUGUACCUCAGCUGCUGGGGCCCCUGCUGAGUGAGGAUAAGCCUUGUGGCUUGUGGGGCCCUCGGCCCAUAUGGAUUAGAAUUAGAUGCUCCAGGGCCGGACCUGGGGCCAGUCGAUCAAGAACUAGCGAGAUGCGUUGAACAGUCGGGAUGUUUGGGGGUUUGGUGAUUGGGAUUAAAGAAUCUCUUCUGGGGAAUUCGUGGGAUCAAAGCUGGGAUGACACUGUAAUGUGACUUGUACAUAUCCCUCCUGUAAAUAUCUAUGGACUAAUAACUAAUUGUGGGGGAAAUAAUCAAAACUGUUCGGCUCCCUUUUCA